AUGAGCACCAGCUUGCUCUCCCUUCCAAAUGAGCUCCUCAUCAUCAUCCUGGAAAACCCCAGACUCCCGUCGGACGCCCUCUGUAGCCUCGCAGUCCUAUGUCGUCGAUUGCACUUUCUGGCGCUUCCCAUCUUCUUCGCGCGCCAAGGCAUGCCCGACCCAUCCCAAUCGGCUUUCGUAUCACUCUCGAACGACGGCGCCGAUACAUUAGCCGCCCUAAACAUGGCGUUGUUCAUUACGGGCAUCCAGGACCUCACCUGUCUCAUGCCCCAUCCCAGCUGCGAUUCAGUCCUCCCGCUGCUCCCUCACGUACGGCGACUGCAAAAUUUCAUUCAGCGUUUCCGCACGGUCGGCCGAGUGACCCUGCAGCUAGACGCGAGAAACAGCAUGUGCAAUUCGACAGGAGAUGAUACUGCGUUACGGGAAUGGACCCGAGUGAUGGGUGGCCUCUUUAACGCGUUGCUUGAGCGAAGAUCCACACAUCUCACCAUUCGGUACGGGGGCUAUCUCACCCGGUCAUAUGCUCUCUCUGUCGACAAGUCCGUCUCUCGGCGAGCAAUCAGAGCGAUCAGGAAGCUCUUCACGUCGGAACCUCUGAUGGCCGGCAAGGAGUGGGAGUUCCGACGCGCACCGGAGCAGGGUCGUGAGCGCGGUGAAGUCUCUUUCCCAUCCCGAACAGUGGACGGCUACCACCUCACUUCAUUGACUAUCCAGUCCGCUGUGCUGCUCACGCCGCCUUUCCUCAGCUGGACGCUGUCGGUUCUACGCCGUUGUUCUCCCGCAUCCCUCGCCAUUUCUGAGAUAUCUCUGGAAAAGGAGCUUUGGGGCCCCGUCUUGUUUCUCAUCGGCCAAAGGGCGGGCGAAGUUUCUCAACUGUCGCUGUCGGAGUUAGAUUCCAUAUCUGACGUUGACAUCCUGGGACUGUGCUCACGCUUGCCUCGAUUGCAAUCACUUACCAUCGGCAACAACGACGAAGCACCGGGCACACCGACCAGGUGGCAGGAGGGGAUCGUCCCCAAGUUCUUGGCUCUCAAGGAUCUUGUAGCUCCUGUCGAGUUUAUUCUGCACAUCCUAGAGCCUUGGGACCGCGUUCCUUACUUGGAACGACUGACCGUGGGGUUUCAGGGCAAGUCCGAAAUAUGGCGAGUCGGGAUUAAGCUUGACAGGGUCUGCGAGGCCCUAGCCGAUCGAGGCCAAACUCCGUAUAUCACACUCUCCCUUGCUCUAUUCUCGGACUCGAUCGUCUUUGAUUUCGACGCGAUGUUGAAGAUGACACCCGACGACAAGAAGUCGUUUGGCGCUGUCUCGUGUCUGGACCUGGUUGUCGCGCCGUACAACGCCGAGCAGAUUGCGCAGUGGACCCAGAUCUUCCGGUCGGUGAAAGAAGUGCGGCUCACUCUGCGGUCGAGACCCGGGGCCGUAGUCGAUGAUCCUUCCAUUGACGAGAAAUUCCUCCUUGCUCUAUCGAGACACAAAUCCUUUUUGCGGACUGUGGCGAUCAAUGGCAAGCGUUACGAACUGGACGACUGGAAGCAAGCAAGGCGAAUAGCCAUGUCCCGGAGAUGA